AUGGCGACGACGACGCGGCGGCGUGGGGGUGAGGCGGCGAGCGGUGUGCUGGCGGCGAUCGUCGUCGCCGGCGUGCUGCUGCCUGGAGGCGUCUGUGCUGGUGCAGUUGCCGCCGCGGGCGCCGGCGUGGAGGAGUGCGAGGACAGCAGCAGGGCGCGCGGGGGCGACCGCGUCGAGGCGCUGCCGGGGCAGCCGGCGGUGGCGUUCGCGCAGUACUCCGGGUACGUGACGGUGAACCGGGGCCGCGGCCGCGCGCUCUUCUACUGGCUCACCGAGGCCGUCGGCGACGCGGCCACCAAGCCCCUCGUGCUCUGGCUCAACGGAGGUCCUGGAUGCUCAUCGGUGGCGUAUGGAGCAUCGGAAGAGAUCGGCCCGUUCCGGAUCAAACCAAACGGGACAGGGCUGUUUCUGAACAAGUACUCUUGGAACAGAGAGGCAAACCUUCUCUUCCUCGAAUCGCCUGCAGGAGUCGGCUUCUCCUACACGAACACCACUUCGGAUCUCAAGACAACGGGCGAUGAGAGGACUGCUCAAGAUGCGCUGCAGUUCUUGAUCACCUGGAUGUCACGGUUCCCACAGUAUCGGCACCGAGAUUUCUACAUAGCUGGAGAAAGCUACGCCGGCCACUACGUUCCACAAUUGGCAAGGAAGAUUGUUGAGUACAACGAGGCUUCGCCUAACCCCUUCAUCAACCUGAAGGGGAUCCUUGUGGGCAACGCGGUCACUGACAACUACUACGACAACAUCGGCACGGUCACCUACUGGUGGACGCACGCCAUGAUCUCUGACCGCACCUACAAGGCCAUCCUCAAGUCGUGCAACUUCAGCAGCAGCAACAUCUCGCGCUUCUGCAACCGCGCCAUGAACUACGCCAUGAACCAGGAGUUUGGGGACAUUGACCAGUACAGCAUCUACACACCGUCGUGCGUGGCAGCCAGGUCCAACGCCACCGUACUGAGGUUCAAGAACACCCUCAUCCGCCGGCGGUCCUUCGGCUACGAUCCCUGCACGGAGACCUACGCCGAGAAGUACUACAACAGGCUGGACGUGCAGAAGGCAAUGCACGCAAACACCACGGGGAUCCCCUACAGAUGGACUGCCUGCAGUGAUGUGCUGAUCAAGACAUGGCAAGAUUCAGAGUUCUCCAUGCUGCCGACGUACAAGAAGCUGAUGAAAGCAGGACUGAGGAUAUGGGUGUUCAGCGGUGAUACAGAUUCAGUCGUCCCGGUGACCGCGACAAGGUUUGCGAUCAGUCAUCUUGGUCUGAAGAUCAAGACCCGCUGGUAUCCAUGGUACUCAGCUGGACAGGUAGGAGGAUGGUCUGAGGUGUAUGAAGGGCUCACAUUUGCGUCAGUGAGAGGUGCAGGGCAUGAGGUGCCAUUGUUUCAGCCCAGCAGGGCAUUCAGGAUGUUCCGGUCGUUCUUAGCCGGGGAGCCAUUGCCCAAGUCUUGA